AAAGCUGAGUUGGCAAAUGAAGAAGUCAAAGUCGAAAGCUGAUAAACCCUGACAAAUCUUGCAAUGGGGUGAAUUUAGCGCCAAAUUUCAUUUCAUCGGAACUCUUGCUUGGAUCGGUGUGCUUUUGUUUGUUUCCCAGUCUCGAUUAGAGCAUCAAGAUAUAAUCGAAAAUCCAGAUUAAUCAAGAUGAGAUCAUAUCCAGACAAAAUCAAUAAUCUAUCAUCCUCCAAUAACCAUUAUUUAAAUUCCCAUAUUUAUUGCUAUAUUCGCCGGUUUUUCCGCACAGAUACGGAUAAAGAUACGGAACUAGAAGAACACGGAGACGAUAGAUCCGCACUUAUUAUCUCCGAUAAGAUGGCCGAGGGACGGCUUGUUUAUACUGUGGAUGAAGCUCUGGUGAGUCUUGGAUUUGGGAAGUUUCAGUAUUUUGUUCUUCUUUAUGCGGGAUUGGGGUGGGCUUCGGAGGCCAUGGAGAUGAUGCUUCUUUCGUCUAUUGGACCGGCUGUUCAGCGACAAUGGGGGCUUUCUUCUGCCCAGGAAAGUCUUAUUACUAGUAUGGUUUUUGUUGGUAUGAUGAUUGGAGCUUAUUCAUGGGGAUUAGUUUCCGAUAAAUUCGGAAGAAGGAGGGGAUUUCUGGCUACAGCUGUAAUUACUUCUGGAGCUGGACUUCUGAGCGCAUUUGCUCCAAACUAUGUUGCAUUAAUUCUUUGUCGUUGUCUGGUUGGACUUGGCUUGGGAGGUGGUCCUGUACUCUUAGCCUGGUUCUUGGAGUUUGUACCAGCAUCAAAAAGAGGUACUUGGAUGGUUAUUUUCCAAUUUUUCUGGACCAUUGGAUCAACAAUAGAAGCUGCUUUAGCAUGGAUUAUUAUGCCAAGAUUGACUUGGAGGUGGCUACUGGGUGUUGCUGCUUUUCCAUCUUUUCUUCUCCUUGUAUUUUAUAACAUGACACCCGAGUCCCCCAGGUAUCUGUGCUUGAAAGGUAGAAAAAAUGAGGCCCUUAGGAUUUUAGAAAGAAUAGCUAAAUUAAAUGGAACCGGAUUGCCUCCUGGUGUUCUUGUUACUGAUGGUGAAAAUGAGCUACAAGAGAAGAGUCUUCCACCAGAUGAGAGUCUUCCACCUGAAGGUGGAAUUUCAAGGUCACCUCAUUAUGAUGAAGGUGUAAACCAUCCUCCUAUCAUAUGGAAAGAUUCAAAUAUGGGACCCUUCAGAUCACUGUUAACACUUCUUUCACCAAAAUUAGCUAGAUCAACUGUGCUAUUGUGGGCUGUGUUUUUUGGGAAUGCAUUUACAUAUUAUGGUCUUGUGCUGUUGACUACUGAGUUGAACAAUAGGGGCCGUCAUUGCCCUUUUACUGCAGUACAGCCCAAUAAACCUGUGGAUGUUAACUACAAAAAUGUGUUUAUUACUUCUUUUGCAGAGAUUCCGGGGAUUAUCCUAGCAGGUUUAACCGUUGAUAGAUUUGGUCGAAAGCUUUCGAUGUCGGUUGUGUUCUUUGUCUGUGGCAUUUUCCUGCUACCAUUGGUAGUGCAACAGUCAGCAAGUUUGACAACAGUUCUUCUCUUUAUAGCUCGAAUAUGCAUAACGGACACGUUCGCGGUUGUCUAUGUUUAUGCUCCAGAGGUAUACCCGACUUCAGUGAGGUCAACAGGUGUUGGAGUUGCAAGCUCAAUAGGAAGAAUUGGCGGAAUGAUCUCCCCUUAUGUAGCAAUAUUUCUGGUGCAAGGAUGCCAUCAAACUGCAGCAAUUGUUCUUUUCGUGGCUGUAGCGUUAAUAUCAGGAAUCUGUGUCACACUGUUUCCAUAUGACACCAAGGGGCGUCAUUUGACUGAGAGUGUUUGCAGUACAAAAAAUGAUUCACCUAAGGCUGUUAUACAAGCAGAGCCAUGAGGUAAGGUAUAAUAUGUUCACAGCAGAAUAUGUAGAUUUUUUUUUUGGAAUCUAUAGAGGGGCUAGUUAGUUGACUAUAUUAUUAGAUUUGAUUCAAAUGAAUUUUGUAUGCUAUUAUAGAAUUCAUUUGUAAAUGAAAUCAAUUUAGGGUUA